AAAAGUUCGAACUCAACAUAGCAGCGUGGAAGAGCCGAUCGGAUUAAAGCUGUACGGUCAACUGUCAACAAUACAAGAAAAAUGGCACCAGAGCUCAGAAAAAGAAAAUCAAAAGAAGCCGGCAUUUCGGCCGCGAAGCCCGCAUCUCAAGCCAAGGUCGACGCUCUAGCUAGCAAGCGAAAAGCGGCCGACGAUGCGAGCCCUGUUGCGGUAAAGAAAUCUAAAUCAACCAAAGAUGAGAGUCAAUUGAAGAAUACCAAAGCAGACCGUGCAGUAAAGACGAAGAUCUCCAAAUCCGCGAAAGAGAGCAAGAAGGAUAAGACUGAAGCUAAGAGUGAGGCUAAAAAUGAAGAAGAGACCCUGCAGUCUUCGGAGGACGAGGACGAUGACGCCCAAGCUCUUGCGAAGGUCGUUGACAGCGACGACGAAGAUGCUGUAGCCGAUACCAGUGUCCAAUUUCACGAGGGGCAAGAUGUAGGCGAGAUUCCUAAAGCAUCUAAGGAAUUGCUUAAAUCAUCCAAUUCCGAGGAUGGAGAACGCGGCGUUGUAUAUGUUGGCCGUCUACCUCAUGGUUUCUACGAACAUGAGAUGCGCUCCUACUUUUCUCAGUUCGGUAAAAUCGAGAAGUUGAGGAUGUCUAGGAACAAAAAGACAGGUGCCAGCAGACAUUUCGCCUUCAUCGAAUUCGCGUCUGCAGCCGUUGCAGCCGUUGUUGCUAAAACGAUGGACAACUAUCUCCUAUUUGGUCGGAUCCUGAAAGUUAAGGUUGUUCCCAAGUCACAAAUUCAUGAUGACCUCUGGAAGGGUUCAAACAAGCGCUUCAAGAAAGUGCCGUUAAACAAGAUGGCCGGUAACCAACUAAAGAAACCUUUAUCCGAGUCGAAGUGGACCGAGAAGAUUACGAAAGAAGAACAGAAGCGUAGCCAACGGGCAAAGAAACUACAGGACAUGGGUUACGAUUUCGAAGCCCCUAAGAUCAAGUCGAUUGAUGAAGCGGCUAGUGAACCUCUCGCGAUUGAAGGUGGCGAUAGCGAGAAACCGAAAGCCAUUGAGUCAGCACCUACAACUGAGGCUGUAGAAGCGGAACCGGUCGAGAGAGCGGCGAAGGAUGAUAAUGAUAAUUCUCCCGAGGAGACUGGUAAGACAAGCAAGCAGGAUGUUGUUAAAUCUACUAAGAAAGGGAAGAAGUCUUCAAAGGCGAAAACAAAGAAGGUAGCUGCGUAAUGUUUUCGAGGCGUUUUUUAUACCUACUUAGUUUACAGCAAUGUUAUGAUGCCUUCCCGUGGGAAGAAACUUGAUCACUUCAAAUAAUUGCAUUUUGCGUUAUGUACGUAUUAUUAUGUGGAAAAUAUGCGUCUAUUGUUAUCCUCUCCGAUUCUUACGUUUCACAUAACUAUGCCUUAUUUAGUAGAAUGAUGGAUAUAUUUGCGCAUAGCGAACCCAUUGUACCCGUGGAUGAGAUCGGGCGGACAGCGGGAUUAUAAAGGGCAAUUUUCGUUCUACUUCGACCGGAAAGGAUGAACCAGCCAUUAAUGCUCAAAAGUUGAGCAAGGUAGCUUCGAUUUCAAAAGGUUCCAGUGAAGAU